ACUCUUAGUAUAACCUAGCGUAUAAAUUGUGCUUUAAGUCAAUAUUUGAAUGGAACUUGGUGUGUAUCUUGAAAUAAUCGAUUUACGGAUUUUUUACCCAAUAUCCGUACUUAUAAAUGAAAUAUUGACAGUUUCGCAGUAUAAAACCAUUCGACGGAGUGGUAAAAACAUAUUUGAGGAUUAGUUAUUAAGAGACGACGUUAUGAUAGCGAUUGUAAUAAUGUUUUUAACAUUGAAGUGUCAACGUUAAUAGGAAGACAAAGUAUUUGAGAUUGAGACGGAUUAAACUUGCAUGAAAUAUUUUAGAAAGUUAAAUACGGAACUUCAGAAAUUCAGUUUUUACAUUGUCCGACCUUGACGUAGACAUCUUUUGAGAUUGUUUUGAAGUUUUGAUAAUAAUUUUGUCUGAUAACCUCGUUUGUGCAUUGUCGUUGAAAGUUUAAACGCGAAGAAGGAAGUGUUUUUAAUGGUGAAAAUCAGUUUUAUCCAGUACCUCCGACCGAAUCCUGACGUCAUCGUUCCCAUGGUUAAAUGUCUCUCAAUGAGCAGGGAGGACCUUCACCAGGACUCCUGCACCCUAUUGGCCCUUUUGCGCCGGGACGAAGAUAGCCUGAACGAUGCCGGUAAACAGUUGGUAAAACAAAACCGCGAAUACGCGCGUGACGUCUUCACGCACCAAGUUGACGGCUGGGCUCCUUUUCACGCGUUUGUGUUACGUGGAGCGCGCAGAAUGGUGAAAUUGUGCUUAAAAUGUGGAGUCAAUCCAAAUUUGUCGUUGGGUGCCAUUGAUGGUCUCCCGAGUGGAUGCACUGCGCUACAUUUGGCGGCCCACAGGGGUGACGUCAGUAUUAUAAAUGUUUUAAUCGCUAAUGGUGCCGAGUUAGACGUCAAAGAUGACAUUAACAGAACUCCGGUGCUCUACGCUUCAUUAGCGAAUAAUACUCUUGCGGUGAAAACAUUACAGCGCGCAGGCGCGGACAUGACAGGAUGUGAUACAAAUAAAACGUCAGAGGACAUGACGUCAUCUCCAAUAAUGUGCCUACUUCCGUUUGUGUGUUCCGGGGUUAGACGGUAGCACAUGAUCGUAUAUUUAUUAUUUCACCGUUUCGUUUGAACUCCCAUUUUUAUCAUUUAAGGUGUAAACGGGUACCCCCAUGUACCCAUCAGGGGUUUUAUAUUAUGAGAUAAGGGGUGGUAUUCAAUAUAAGUCUUACUUGGAUCUAAGAACGAUGUAGCUAAUCGGAUUACGUGCUAUAACUAGCGAACCAAUACAGUGAGACGAAUCAAUGAUGUAUGACCGUUAGAUCUACUUAAGUUGCAUAUUGAAUGCCAAUCCAGAGCAACUUUCAGCAUUAUUUGAGUUUAAUAGAACACAAGAGAACACAUCAGAAAAGUAUGCAUAAUUGUUUGGUUGUGGAAAAUGAGAUGUUUACUAUAUAUGUUUUAUUUAAGUGUGUGUGAGUGUGGUUUUGUAACUGGAAAACCUUUUUUAAGUUUUUUUUCAUCUUUUUCUUUAAACAGUUAGUAACUUACCUACUAUUUUGUUUCUUUAGGUGAUUGUUAUUUUACGAACAGGAAAUGUUUGUUAUUAAAAUACGUAAUAGAAUCAAAGUGCUUUAAGAAGAAGGCUGUGAUAUUUUACCUCGUAUGUGUAGUACUUGUUUGAAGCUUAAAGCCUUACAAUUACAAUUGUCUGUAUUUUGAAUGACAAUUUUUAAAGACCUUAUACCAUCGCAUUGACAAUUAUUGCCUUUUUAAGGAAAUACUGUAUUUGCCGAUUUUUGAAAUAUCUGGUGUCUAGUCCCUUUAAGUCAUUUUCUAAAGUUCAGUAUCUCUCUGGUCAUAUAACAAAAUGACUUUUAGUACUAUACUUUAUUUUUAUUAAGUGUAUAUGAUAUACAUACCUAUGUGUAAAAACAUGUGUACUUUUCAUCAAAUUAUGAAUUAGCUUUGUAAACUUUAGGAUUGGCUUGAGCUAUUUUUAUAGAUACCAGCUCUGCUGGAGUCCGAGGGCAAAGCAAUUCCAUUGAUUUCUAAUAUUUACUUAAUACCUUUUUUGAACAUGUUUUCAUUUCAAACCCAUUUAGCUCAACGGUUUGUUAACGGAGCGAGCGCGUUUUAAGUAUAAAGAAUGUUAACGAGUUUAUCGUAAUAUCGAGACAAACAUGGCGGGUAUGGUUUUUGUGCCUUUUAAAAGACAACUAUUUGGGACCAUUUUUAUCAGCGAGCGUAUUGUACGAUCCAUUUUCGAACUUUUCAAUUUUCAUUGUGAUAAGAUACAUUUUGAAAGUAACAUAAUCUUAUAAUGUAACAACCGAUUGUAUUGAAUGUAUAAGGUGACCUUGUAAUUCGAAUAAGGUGACCUUGUAAUUCGAUUUGAAACACACCCGUGAUGCUAAAAUGACAUUCAUAAUCGUAUGCUACAUGAGCGUAAAAUGACAUGCAUGAUCGUACGCUAGCUGAGCGUAAAUUGACAUUCAAGAUCGAACGCUACAUGAGCGUAAAAUGACAUGCAUGAUCGUACUCUAGCUGAGCUUAAAAUGAAAUUCAUGGUCGUACGAUAGCUGAGCGUAAAAUGAAAUUCAUGGUCGCACGGUAGCUGGUCGUACGCUCUUUGAAAUAAUGGCCCCAAACAACUUCCAUUAAAGCCUCUUCAUAGCCUACAGUUUGUUUGAAAUACACACACCCAUUUUAACCAGGACAAUCAUUUUCUGCUUUACCAUUUAUUUUGCUUUAUAUUUAUGUUUAUUGUAAAAACUUUUUAUGGGACAAUUUGAGUCUCAAGGGCUAUGUUAUGCAAUUUAAAUAUUUGUACCACUUCUGAUACUGCUUCUUACUUUGUGUUUAUUCAUGAUCAUUAUAUUUAACGUUGUUAACAGCUACACGUAGAAUAGGCGUAACCAUUGUAUUACUACUGUAAGAUAUAAUGCUAUUGAAAUAUUCCUCACGCUAUUUAUUGAACGACCUGAUUUUUUUUGUUACGUAUAAUGUUUAAAUCACGAAUGUUGCUCUGGUGAUUUACAAAUUCCACACUCACGCUUAAGCGCUCGUGUUUAGUAACUAUUACUUAACAUGCUAAAUGAUCGUUACCUUUGUACGGACAUAUGUGACACAGUAUUUCAACAGAGAAAUUCAAUUCUAACAUACUGUUAUUAAGCCGUCUUUUUUCUACCUCUGUUGAUGUAAUAUGAAACUCUCCUUUUAUACUGUGUACCUGAUAUUGCUAUUUCUCCAUUAUUUCUAACGAUAUAUUUUUUCUCCUGGCCAAAGGUGUCUUGUUCUCCAAUAACUAAUUUGAUAUAAGAAACUGAUUCCAAAAUCAAUAUAUUCUUGUAUGAAAUAUACAUCUCUUCAUUUUUGCAUCAUUUUCCCGCUGUUGUUUUUUUUAUCAUAGAAAUGUCAUUUGGAAUGACAGCCAUUUUUUCAUCAACAUCUUUUAUUUCAUUGUUAUUUCUUUUUGUUACAUUUUGAAUGUUUACCUGACACAUGUUUUUUAUAGUUAAGUUUUAUUUCAAUUUAAACUUAAACUGUCAACGAUAAAAAUGUCUUUAAAAGAUGUCAUAUUAGCUUUGUUAUAAAACUCAGAAUAUCAGAUUGCAUGGAUGUUUUGAAAAAUGAACUGAAUUUUAACUGCUUUUUUGUAAAACGAUAGUAUCAAGGUCAAACGAAUUGAAUAUACUGUGCUAUUUAAAUGUUAUUGUUGACUCCGAAUAACACACAUUUGAUAGUAACAAAGCUUUCUUUUUGUUGACAGAAAGGACAGCAGAACCAUGAAUAAAAUUUAAAAUAUG